UCCAGCGGCUGAGCGCUCUGCCGGGCCGCUCUCCCCGUUGCUCCCGUGCGUGCCACACCGGAGAACUUCCGGUGAGCUUCGGCAGUUCCUGAGCGUGGGGCUAAACCCAAGCAGCAGUUCUGAGAGACGAGAAGGAUUAUUCUUUUUGGUCACCCACCGCUGGUCACAUGGCUGCCAUGCAGAUGGAUCCUGAGCUUGCCAAGCGCCUCUUCUUUGAAGGGGCCACUGUGGUCAUCCUGAAUAUGCCCAGGGGGACAGAGUUUGGCAUUGACUACAACUCUUGGGAGGUGGGUCCCAAAUUCCGGGGUGUGAAGAUGAUCCCGCCAGGCAUCCACUUCCUCCACUACAGCUCUGUGGACAAGGCCAAUCCCAAGGAGGUGGGCCCUCGUACGGGCUUUUUCCUUAGCCUGCGGCAGCGGGGACUGAUAAUCCUGCAUUGGAACGCGGUCCAGGAAGAGGUAGACCUGUCUCCAGCCCCAGAAGCCGAGGUGGAGGCCAUGAGGGCCAAUCUCCAGGAACUGGACCAAUUCCUGGGACCUUACCCAUAUGCCACACUCAAGAAGUGGAUCUCCCUCACCAACUUCAUCAGCGAGGCCACAGUGGAGAAGCUGCAGCCUGAGAACCGGCAGAUCUGUGCCUUCUCAGAGGUGCUACCUGUCCUCUCCAUGAAGCACACCAAGGACCGGGUGGGGCAGAAUCUGCCCCGCUGUGGCACUGAGUGCAAAAGCUACCAGGAGGGCCUCUCCCGGCUGCCUGAGAUGAAGCCCAGAGCUGGGACAGAGAUCCGCUUCUCAGAGCUGCCCACGCAGAUGUUCCCAGCAGGGGCCACGCCGGCAGAGAUAACCAGGCACAGCAUGGACCUGAGCUAUGCCCUGGAGACUGUGCUCAGCAAGCAGUUCCCCAGCAGCCCCCAGGAUGUGCUUGGUGAACUCCAGUUUGCUUUUGUAUGCUUCCUGCUGGGGAACGUGUAUGAGGCAUUUGAGCACUGGAAGCGGCUUCUGAACCUCCUGUGCCGGUCAGAAGAAGCCGUGGUGAAGCACCACACCCUCUACACCAACCUCAUCUCCAUCCUGUACCAUCAGCUUGGCGAGAUCCCCGCCGACUUCUUUGUGGACAUUGUGUCCCAGAACAACUUCCUCACCAGCACCUUACAGGUUUUCUUUUCCUCUGCCUGCAGCGUUGCCGUGGACGCCACCCUGAGGCAGAAAGCUGAAAAGUUCCGGGCUCACCUGACUAAGAAGUUCCGGUGGGACUUUGAGGCGGAGCCGGAGGACUGCGCCCCCGUGGUGGUGGAGCUCCCAGAGGGUGCGAGGACUGGGUAGCCGCAGCGGGGGCGGCGCCUUCCCGCAGCUGCAGCCCGCCUCUGCGUUCACCCCUUCCUGCUGGGACCUGGCAGGGUGGGGGCCCACCGGGUUCUGCAGAGACGGAGCCAGAAUUCUCUCCUUCACUAGUAAUAAGUUCCUUCCGUGCCAAAGAAGCUGUACCCAUCUUGAAGGCCCCUUCAUGGGUUCCCCAUCAGCCUGGCCUUGGUGCUGCCCUGCCUGGAUACCAGAUUACAGGAGCUCUUGGGAAAGACCUGGCCCAGCAGCAGCCUACUUCCCUUGAAAUGAGAAGGGAUUAGGCCAAAUGCCCAAGACCACUGAUUGCUUAUUCCAUAGGAUGGUUACAAAAUAAGAAACCCUUGACUGCCCAGGGGUCUGAGAUGUUAGUUGGUAAUUUUUUAAAAGUUAAACAGAGGGUGAUAGGGAGAUGAGCCAGAAUUUCUGCCUGCCCCUUGUUCAGUGGAAACACAUCACAAAAAAAACAUAGGCACAUGACUGCUUAGGAGCCCCAGAUUAGGGAAGGCAUUACAAAGAAGAUGGGUUGAGUUUGACAAGUGGUCAGCCUUUGCUUUCUCAGUCUACAUUGCCUUCUGUCCAGAGGUCCCAGUGGGUAAUCUUCCAAGAUUGUUGUGACCCUGACCUUGGGGGCCUUGCUGGUGCCACACCCUUCCCUUCUAUUCCAUUCCGAGGCCUCAGACGCAGAAACAGGAUUUGGCAGCCCCCCCAUAUAGCCCUAUUCCUCACCAGAGUCACAUGACUUUCUGAUAACCUGGAGAUUCAACAAUGGAGAAGGGCUCGGCUCUGGACAGGCUUCUCUGGUCCUGUGAAGUGCUGUGCCCUUUAUUCAGAGUUCUGGAGAUGACCUGGUCAGCCUCGAUCUUCCCAGUCCUGCUGUAGAGUUGUCGGCCACAGGAAUCAAGACACUCUGUGGUUUCCUGGGAAUCCUGAGAGUGUGCCCACCACUCACACAGGCUCUGCCACCCUAACCUCAAACUGUUGUACUACCAUCGGAAUGCCUGUGCCGUUCUUUUCUGAGGCUGCGGCUCACACCAAGCUUCUGAAUGAGAAUCCCUGCUGGUUAAGACUUUUGGUUCAGCUUGUUUCCUUGGAGAUGUUUUCCAAGAGCAUAGUGUACAUUAAAGUCUGAGUUGAGACCAAA